CAUUGAUUGCAUUUUUCCUCAUAGCUUUCUGUGUCAACCUCCUAUUACACCGAAAUAGUCUAGACUUCGUAGGACUCAUAGGAUGGUUAUGAUCUAAACAAGCCGUUGAAAUCACACAUCCUUCAGCAUAAUUUAUACGUGCUCUUAUUUUGGCCAAGCAACCAACUUGCACUGAAGGUAAGAGGCUUCAAAACAUUUUGUGCACGACUUUGUCUUUAUUCAGCGCGCCCGCACUCUAAUGCAAUUGCAAAUGUCAUUCCAUCCGCAUCUUUCCUAGAAUUCCUUAUUCUAACAGGAAACCCUACUCUUCUCCCGUACUCCUUGUAGAAAUCAUACACUGCAUCUUUACUGGGGAACUCCAUACCAACAACGAGGCCUUCAAUACAAAUCUAUUCUUCCUCUUCAUCUGUUAUUUUUUAAAAAAUACAUGUUCACUUCAACGUACAUUUAUCAUUUUGUCUCUACAAACAAACAAUAAUAUAUAUACAUAUGUCUUCACAUAUGCAAUUCAUUCACCACAUUUGUCUUCACAUUAUCAAUACAACCAUGUUUCCAAAAAAGCACACACAUUUAUAUAAAGACUUUAACAACUAUAAAACCACUCUCACUUCAAACAACUAUGACACCGUGUUUACUUUAGACUAGACAGACACUGCAGUUCCAAAUUGUAUGUCCGCCAAACAAAAUACAAAAACGACGGAAAAAAACAUACUCUUCUCCAAGACUUCAACAUCUUCAUCAUCUUCUUCCCUUAAAGUCGCUUCUACUUCAACAGCAACCGGAGAUGGCGAAUUACCACCGUCACCCACCUUAUCAACCUUCUCACCUUCAUCUCCUCAUGUCAACCCAUCCAAAAAAAACUCAUCACUAAAGUCGGAUACAUCCUUCCCCAUGAUAUCCAUCCAAGAAGAUGAUGUAAAGAAGCAAGUGAGACCUCCUGUGAGCACUGUAACACUUCAAAGGUUGGGAUGUGUUUUGGCGGAAACAAGAAGAGUGGAUAGAGGAUGUGGGAGAUGUGAGAGAAAGAUAUUUUUGAAAAAGGAUAAAAGGGAUUAUAAAAA